CCAACUCGCUGCGCACGGCGCACAGCCCACAAAGUAGACUUGGAGGACCGCUGCGCUCUGACUGGAGAGCUGCUCGCUUCAGCCGUGGAUACUAUCGCACAACCGGCGUCGUCUCCUGAGCCGCUGUCCCUGGGAUACCCUGGCUCCGUCCUCUCCUUUCACAGUUUUUCGUACCCCCCUCCCCCUCUCCCUCCCUUCCCCUUCUUUUUUUUUUUUUUUGCUUUUCUUUCUCAUCUUUCCUCCCCGUCUCCUCAUCCUCGAGCAUCAUCCCCGGUCUCGCAAGUGGUCUUGCCCGCCUGGCUAACUUUCCCACCCCCCCUUCACCCACCCCGCCACUGCCUCCCCCCCAUCGCUCACCAACCCCUCGGCAGUUUCACCCCUCGCCCCCCUCCCCAAAUCGCCCACCCCAGCGGGUCCUCCUCUUUACCGCUGCAGCCUCCCCCCUCCCUGGAUCGGGCGGAACCCGCAUUCGUUCGGUCGGACUCGGCACCGGGGCACUGCUACAUGGGGCGCGCGGUCUCGCACGGAAGAUGGUCCGCGCGCGCUCUCUAGGCGCCCCGCUGAACCUGCCGCGAUUGGAGUCGUCGGUGCGAGUGUGCGUCUCUUCCCCAGCUCGCCCGUGCUGUCGGGGACAGUGAGAUAUGGGUCCCUGCGUGGCGGCGCGGGCACCGCUCGAGGAGCCCCGGCGGCCGCGCCAGCGGGGCGGGACGGCGGGAGGCUGGCUCAGGAUCACCCUCGUCUCGUUCCUCGCCACUUUACCUGUGGAGCAGCUGCGCGCCUUCCCGUCGUCCCUCAGCGACUGCCAGACGCCGACCGGCUGGAACUGUUCCGGUUUUGACGACCGAGACACAGACCUGUUCUUGUGCGACACCAACACGUGCAAGUUUGACGGGGAAUGUCUACGGAUUGGGAACAUGGUGACGUGCAUUUGCGACUUCAAGUGCAACAACGACUACGCCCCGGUGUGCGGCUCCAACAAUCAGAACUACCAGAACGAGUGUUUCCUGCGCAGGGACGCCUGCAAGCAGCAGUCUGAAGUGCUCAUCAUGUCAGAAGGCGCCUGUCCUGCUGACGCAGGCUCAGGAUCAGGAGACGAUGGUGGCGAGGGCUCGGCCGAGGCCGGGCAGAAGGAAACGUCUACCUGCGAUAUCUGCCAGUUCGGGGCCGAAUGCGACGUGGACGCCGAGGAUGUUUGGUGUGUUUGCAACAUCGACUGCUCCCACAUCAGCUUCAACCCGGUGUGCGCCUCCGACGGCCGUUCCUAUGACAACCCCUGCCAGGUGAAGGAGGCGUCCUGUCAGAAGCAGGAACGCAUCGAGGUCAAGUACCUGGGACACUGCCAAGGCGACAUCAACAUCGACGCCCGGACCGACAACACAGUCAAGGAGAAAGAGGACACGAGGAACGAGCUGGCCCGCGGCCUGUACAUCCCCUGUCCGGAUCACUACAAGAACUACUGCGUCCACGGCGAGUGUCAGUUCCCAAGUAUCGUGGCCCAGCCCUCCUGCAGCUGUCACUCGGGUUUCAGAGGCCCCCAGUGUGACGUCAAAGAGUACAACGUGCUCUACGUGGUGCCGGGCUCCGGCAAACUGCACUACGUCCUCAUCGCCUCCAUCAUUGGAGCGCUGCAGGUGGUCAUCAUCUGUGUGGUGGUGCUCUGCAUUACAAGGAAGUGUCCGCGGACCAACCGGAUCAACCGGCAGAAGCAGAACAACGUCCACUUCAGCACGGAGAACACCAUGCGCGCCUCCACGCGGCUCAUCUGAGCCCGGGCGCCACGUUACGGAGCGCUGUGGCUGUUAGAUGUCCCCCUCCGCCUACCACCCUCCCUCCUUGUAGGCCUAACCCAAAAAAAUUAGGAUCUGCCUCCCCCCGCCUCCCCCCACCCCUCACUCCUCCUCGCCCUCUCCCCCAGGUAUGAACUUCACGAGUGCCCAUGGAGGGCUCAGAGAUGAGACUCUUCUGCACCGAGUCACUUCCCCUCCGGGUUUCUUCUUCCUCUGAAAAACAGAACUGUGAACUUUUUGGAGGGAGGGGGGAAAUGGGGGUACUGAAUGUGUGUGUGUGUGUGUGUCAGGGCGGGGGGGUAUUAGCUGUGUGAGCUUUUGGUAGAGGCGGGCUAGCCGGUGUCUGUCGUUUCUAGAUGAGGGGGGGGUCAAAGCAAAGCGGGGUAGACAGGCUCUCAAUGAGGUGUGU